GGAGGCGGGGUCUGGGCGGUUGGUUCCCGCGGCGGCGGCGCUUCCUAGGGGCGAGGGCGCCAUGGCGCUGCCCUGGCUGCAGCGCUUCGAGCUCGCGCUCUUCGCGGCCGCCUUCCUGUGCGGGGCCGUGGCGGCCGCGGCGCUGACCCGGACCCAGGCCUCCUUCAGCGGCAGCUGUCCCCUAUAUGGUGUGGCCACCAAGAAUGGCUCCUCCCUGGCCUUAUCCCGACCCUCGGCCCCAUCCCUCUGCUACUUUGUAGCUGGGGCCUCUGGUCUCCUGGCCCUCUACUGUCUCCUGCUUCUGCUCUUCUGGGUCUACAGCAACUGCAUCGAGGACUCCCACAGAGGGCCGGUAGGGCUCCGCAUCGCACUGGCUGUCUCAGCUAUAGCCAUCUUCCUGGUCUUAGUGUCUGCCUGUAUCCUUCGAUUUGGCACCAGUUCUCUCUGCAAAUCCAUCAUCUCCCUGAAUGUAACAAAUAGCUGCUCUGAAGCCCAGAAAAUUCCUUGGACUCCCCCUGGAACCGCUCUUCAGUUUUACUCCAACCUACACAAUGCUGAAGUGAGGUCCUGGGAUAUGAAAGACUGGACCUCUUCUUGGGUGAAUCUGGCAUUUUGGUGUGUGGUCUUGGUGCUCCAGGUCGCGCAGUGUAAGUCGGAAGCUACCCCAUACCGGCCUCUGGAGAGGGGGGACCCUGAGUGGAGCUCUGAGACAGAUGCUCUCGUUGGGCCACGCCUCUCCCGUUCCUGAAGAGUUAACCAGAGUGCUUCUGCAGCUAAAGACUCCGCACCCAAGUGUCUGCGAUCCUCUUGCCCCCACACGGCCCUGUUUAUGCUGGGAGCCUGUUUUCCCUCCACGAGGGAAACAUGAUGACAGGCCCCCUCCACCUCUCUUCCUACAGCUGUUUUUGUACCAAAAUAUAUUACUUUCUUCCUU